CUGUGCCUUGUGUUUCAUGCGCGAUGGGAAACAUUUUCGGAAAGUCCAAAACGAAGCCCGUCAGCAGGGUAACAGAGCAGGACAAAGCAGUGCUGCAAUUGAAGCAACAACGUGACAAACUAAAGCAAUAUCAAAAACGCAUAGAAUUAUCGCUGGAGAAAGAUCGGGAACUGGCCAAGAAGUGUUUAGCUAAUGGACGAAAGGAACGUGCCAAAACACUACUGCGGAAAAAGAAAUAUCAAGAAAAGUUGCUUAGCAAUACCGAUGCCCAGUUGGAAACGCUGGAAAAACUAGCCUCAGACAUCGAGUUUGCCCAGGUCGAAGCACAGGUUGUCACCGGACUAAAGGUGGGCAAUGAAGCACUGAAGAAAGUCAACGAGAUCUUGUCGAUCGACGAGGUGGAACAAAUACUGGACGAAACAAGGGAGAGUAUUGAAAAGCAGCAAGAAAUUGAUGCACUGCUUAACGGUGUCCUCACCGAAGAGGACGAGGAUGAAGUAUUGGCCGAGCUGGAGGAUCUUAUCGGCGCAGAUCAACCAAAGGAGGCGGAAAGGGAAGAUGGCUCCGAUCUUCGGUUACCCGACGUUCCGGAUGAGGAGCUCGUCGCAGAACGCAAACGCAAGGAAAAGGAUACAUCAGGAUCGAGCAAAAAGGUUGCCUUGGAGGCUUAAUACGCUAGAGGA